AAAGUGCAAUAGAAAAAGAAAAAGAUGCAUACAAUAUGAUACAAAUUACAAUACAAAUGUGCAUUACCCACGAAUGCAUCGAAUAAUACGCUUGUUUGUUUGGGUUAUUUAGUUUUUUUAGUGCUGAAUUAAGUUCUUUCAUUACGUGAUUACAGGAACGUUUGUUGUGAUGUAUUUGCAUGCUAAAUAAACGAGUACUGGAUUGCGGUUGCCUUCGCGGGAUGCCUCUAACACCAUGGACAAAAGAAACCGCUCCCUGCUGCAGCUGCACCAGCACGACAUCGUCAGAGACCUGGAUGUCACCUACAUUAUAGACAAGCUGUACCAGGAGAACGCCAUCUCCAACGAGGACAUCGAGCACAUAUCCAACUUGACAAACCGCGUCGACCGCACCCGCUACCUAAUCGACACGCUCCUCCAGAAUGGGAACAACGCUGCCUACCAAGCCUUCGUAGACAGCCUAUUUAAGGACCACAACUGGCUGUGGGAGAAACUUCAGCUCGACCUGAAUGAACCAAUGGUUAACGCCAGUUUUGAAGACAGCCUUAGCAAAGGCGAUGUGCCGAGGUUGCCGGAUCAUUAUGUCCAAAGGGUUGCUGUGGAAAAUGAAGUGGUUACCAAGCUCCGAAGUCUCUCGCGCCACAAGAUCCUGGCUCUCCACGGCAUGCCGGGCUCCGGAAAGACCUCCGUAGCCAUCGGCGCCCUUCGGUACAACCCCGACCUCAUCAACACCACGUUCAACGGCGCCGUGUUCUGGCUCAACUUCGGCAACUGCAAGACUGAAGAUGACAUCCUAAGUUUACAAAACAAAUUAUACCGCAAAGCGUCAUCGUCCAUGUACGUCCAUAACUCGUACAUGAAUUCGUCCAUUUCCAUGUCCAGCAUCGGAUCCAACGCGGACAGCCAAUCGCUAUCCAGCUACGAGUGGACCUGGCAGGAACUGCGAGACAGACUCAAAGCACAAUUCGCCGAGAACGUCCUAAAAGAUUCCCUCCUAGUGUUAGAUGAAGUUAGCGAGAAGAGAUAUUUGGAGGCGUUCGAUAUCGGGUGCAAGAUACUCAUCACUACCAGGGACACGGAUGUUGUGGAUAAUUUCCAAGCGCAGAUCAUUAAGAUAGGAAACAAUUUCGAAGAAAAGGAAUCUCUAGAGCUUUUCGCCUCGUGUCUCGACGUAGACGUUAGCAUGUUGCCGCGUCAAGCCAAGAAACUACACGACAUCUGCAAAGGCAACCCAUUCUAUAUCGCGCUGUUGGGCGCCAUAUUGUCAGAAAAUAGACAGAGCCUGAACCAUGACAAUAGUAGAUGGACUUAUUACGUAAACAAGUUGCAGAAGAAGGAGUUUUUAUUUUUACCGCGGCACGACAACCCGAUCAAAGUCUGCAUAAACGCGCUCGACUCCGCCACACUGCCGCUCUUCAAAAAGCUGGCCAUACUCCCCGACAACGCUAAAGUCACCGCCAAAGUCAUCGGUCGCUUAUGGGACAAAAACGACACAGAAGUCGAAACUAUCAUGAAACAACUCCGUAGAAAAUGCCUCAUCAUGGAAGAUUAUAACUACGACGAGAGAAUAUACGUUUACGAAAUACAUGACUUGAUCAUGAACUGUUUAAGAUCGUCGCUAAGCGAGGAUGAAAUGAAGAAAACUCACGCAGAAUUCCUAAAGAGAUACCACUAUGAUAACAUAAAUACUACACCGCUAGAUAUAGUCGAUGACGGUUAUAUAGCCUACUAUAUCGGUUAUCACAUAUAUAACACUAAGAAUUCUAAUAAUAAGUGGAGUUUGUUUCAUAAGCUGUUCUUGGAUCUGAAGUUUUUGGGUAAUAAGGUGAAGUUGACGGGACCGGGUGAUGUUAUAUUGGAUUUGCAGAAGUAUGAGGAAUUGAUUGUCGAAGAUGACCUAGAUAAAGACUUGCUGCUAGCCUUGAAGAUGUUCCUAGGCACGCACGGCAUAGACCUAUACCGGUACCCGUGCACAGACCUAGCGCAGAGCAUAUUACAACACGAGUCUAAAGGCAUACUGUAUAGUAAGGCGGCGGCAGUUGCACAAGAGAAUACUGCUAAAAAUGAGCUUUAUUUUGAGUUUCUGCACGAACAAAACGUAGAGGAGAUCAAACAUUCAACAAUAGACCUUAAGGAGGAGAACAUAAGAUGCGUCGGUUUUCUCGGUGACUACGUUCUAGUAGGCACUCUAUCUGGCUCUAUAAAGAUGUUCAACAUAUCGACCAACAACCUGGCCAAAGAUCUGCCCGGGCACGGGUCGCCCGUCAAGUGGGUCGGCGCGUGCCCCGUGAACCCGCCAGUCGUGGCCGCGCUCGCCUUCGACGGCGGUCUCACCGUGUGGUACGUCGACGACGUGCAGCCCGACACAGAUACUAUCGUCGAAGAAGACCCUGAGGAACUGUACAACAACAACUACCCCGGCAACCUGAUCAUCACGCCCAAACUGGGCCCCUUCAUCGGCUGCCGGUGGCUGAACGACUCCGAGAUGCUAGUAGCGCACACCGCCAAGAUUGUCGUGCUGUAUGACCCCCAGGGGGCGCCCAGACACACGUACACGGACCUUGUGGAGAGGGACAAGGAGUUGUUGUGCUGCGUGCCCAGUUAUGACGACAGGUAUUUGAUAAUGGCGUUGGCCAAUAACAGUAAGAACUAUGUGGAUGUUAUCGAUCUGAAGACUAAAGAAAAAAUGGUAUCAUUGGAAGAAAACGAUACUGUAUUGGAUAUCAUCACUGUGCCAGGCACACACCGAAUAAUAAUUCUAACACCUAGAGAAGUGAUAGAGCAUGAACUAGAACUGAACGGACACCAAACCAACUUCGGUAUCUGCCGCACUCGCUCCAUCAUCACAGGUGACGCGGUACGGGCCGAGCUAACAUUCCUGUCGUUGGCGGUCAACAAGACUGGCUCCCUGUUGUUCAUAUCCACCGAUGACAGUCGCAUUAUAUGCGUCGACCUUAACAACCUGGCGAGGAUCUUCGAUCUAGAGAACCGGAGAGGCAACGUCAUGUCCAUGGCCGUGAGUGAAGUGUGGCACGACAUUCUACCAGGCCCAGACGUUCUACUAACCGGGACGGGCACGAUAGAAAACUGCGCCAAGGUGUGGCAGCUCGACCCCUCUUUCGUGGCGCAGAAUACUCAGAAGAAUGGGAAAGUGCGACUGACGACAAAAUUCGACGUUAGCUUUGUGGAAGCUGUGUCGCCACACACGCCGACGGGCAACGGCAGUCACAGCGUUCACGUCACGCCCAAGAGGAACAAAUCUUUCGCACUGCACUCUGAGGAUGAAAGGAAGAAACCACCGCUCAAAGGCACCAUGAGUCUCGACCGUCACUCGAAGCCGUGCCUCGCGCUCAACCUCAAGGGAAUAUGCAACAACGACAGCGGCGCACAGCCCCUGCUGGCCGUGCUGGACGACAAGAACAACAUACAGAUAAUCCGCGGAACAAAAAUGCUCACCGAAAUAAUAACGAAGGCAGACGAAAGGAUAACCGCCCUAAAAAUCUCCCCGUGCAACCAGUACAUCAUAUAUGGUCUGCGCUCAGGCCGGGUGCAGAAAUACGCGCUCCGCACUAAAGAAACCAAAAUUAUACUUGACGUGAAGAGUGCCGUUCAGUACUUGAGCUUCGUGAACCCUAACUUGUUGGUGGCGGCCGGGAAGAAUCGGUGUCUGAUGGCGUACAGGCUGACCAGCGACGGGAAAUGGAUGCCGGAGAUGCUGCAGAAGGGAAACAGCUAUCUGGGCUCGCAGGAGAUAUUAAAUGAUAUGGAAGGUAUAAAAAAGAAAAACGGCCAACCGGACCGUCUUUCCAACUCUAGCAGUGAGAGUAACCUCAGCUCCAAAGAUCGUCAGUUCCCAGGCACCAGAGGCUGCCUCAGCGAAAGCACUUUAGUAGACUGUUUCUACCACAAAGGGCUUCUAACGGUGGAAUAUAAUGCCACUGUUAAACUCUGGGACGAGCUGCAUUGGAGAGCUGAAGUGUUGAAUGGGAGACAGAACGAUGUACAAGUCAGUUGUGCGGCGUUUAAGAAAAAUGUGUUGGUGGUCUGUGAUGAUUAUAAUAAGAAGUUUCAGACGUUCGAACUGCGCGAGGGGAACCAGACCGAACUGCAUAAGAUCCAGGAGUACAGACUGAACAACAAAAUCGUUUCCUGCGAUCUCACGUCCGACGGGCUCAUACUGGCUAUGGGACUCGACUCGGGCGAUGUUGUGUUAUGGAACGUGCCAGGCAAACGCCAGCUCCGCCUCCUAAAGCACCACAAAGCGAAGGUCCAAUGGUGCGCCUUCUCCCCCGUCCCCGACCGCAUCUUCACCCCCCCCCACUCCCCCACCACCCCCACCGACGACAACCAACCCCCCCUCGUCCUCGUCACAAUGGCGGCCGAAAUAGUCUGGUGGAACAUAACGUAUGUUAUAAACAACAAGCCGCCGCCACGGAAGAUCAACGUGGUGACUCCGCUGGUGUUGAGUCCACGGGAGAUCACGUCGGCUGUGGGGAACAUGAAUAUUGGCUCGAGCAACUUCUUCUUUGGGGGCGGAGGAGUCAGUUGCUGGAGGGAGCUUUGGAGGAAAAAGACAUAUAAAGAGGGCUCAAAAAGAAGAGACAUAUUGGCGUGCAUCAAGUUGUCAGGUAUGAAUGCAAAAAAGUUGUGUUUCGAUGAGAAAUUCUCUUGUUUCGUGACCGUCGACAACCCUGGCCAUAUCCACAUAAUGAACGUUAUGUCGUAGCAACAAAACUGCCGAUGCGCUAUAGCUAGGGCUGCCACUCGAUGUUAUGGGUGCAUUGGUUUGUGAAAUUAAAUCUUAAUAUGUUUUAUUUUGCCAGCUAAAUUAUCUAGCGAGGGAAAAUACGUUAGUGGUUAAGACUUCGCUGGCUAAGUUAUCUGGCAAGGAUAAACGACAAUCGCGCGCGAUAAAGAUGUAGUCAAUAUUUUAAAUUUCGGUGGUUAUAUGC